GUCAGUGCUCGAACGUACGUGAGAGUCAAAGGACGUUCGUUCUCUCGCUCCUCGCGUUCUUACGAAUGCAUAUCUUCGUACACGUUUUCAACAUUAUUUCUACACAAUACCGAUAUACAAGUAUACACAAACAUCAAUAAUAAACUUUAUUCUCAAGUCGAAUUGUGAAAAAAAAAAAAACAAAAACAAAACAAAAAUAUAAAUGAAGAGUGAUUGAAGAGUUGUUUUUAUAUUUUCUAUCUGUACGUGCAACAAUAAAAUCUUUUUUAAAUUCAAUUGAAAACACAUGCGAAGUAUUUGAAGACCUUGAAACCUUUGGAGCGAUUGAUGAAAAGGCAUCGAGACUAGAAAAAUAAAAGGCGAGUGUGUACAAACGGAAUAAUUUGUCACAGUGCGAGCGUCGAUCAACGGGCGAAGCUAAGCAAGAAAUUGUUUUCUUGAAAAAAGUGUGCUGUGUUGAAUCCAAACGAGCGUUUUUAUUCUCAAGCCCCCCAGUUAACAGUGAUUUUAUCGAAUGACAAUAAAACUCGAGUGACAAGCUAUGAUCCGUGACAACUGAAGGAGCUGAAUGUGUUAUGUGCACUGUUACUUGAGGCAAACGUAAAACAAAAAAUAAAAGUUUGCACAACCAUUCGAACUCGAUUCUGCUCUGCAGCGAAUCGAGAAAAUAUACCAUCCGAAUUUCGUGAUAGAAAUCAGAAUCGUAUCACGUAUGAAAAAAAAGAAAAAAACUAAAAGACUCUACAAACUAACGUGAACCGUCAGCAAGUUGAUUUCGUAACGAGAAAACUUGACGAGCCUAAUAAGAAAAUAAACAUCAAAGUUGCAGAAGUUAACGGCGAUCCAAGAAUGAAACGGCACACUCGCACUUUCGUAGCGCAUGUCUAACCGAACAUAAAUCUAUAUAGGUGUGUAGGGAUUAUAAAAUAAAGAGUGCGAAUCGUAAACGAGGAAUAUAAAGAGGCGAGAAAGUAGCUAGUUACGAAGACGUAUAGACACCCUGCUAACAGGCUGCGAUCUUUGCUCCGGACUCGUACAAGAAAAAAGGAAGAUCCAAGAAGAGGGAGUGAGAGAAGGACGUAGCAUUCACAGCUGUCGUUGAGUUCGUCGCUCGAAAGGACUCGCCGGCGUUUCUCUUCGAGUGUCCCGCGUCGACCGAACGAUUCGUAAGACUACCGUGAGUAAAAUACUGUAAGAGAGCCAAAAGACAGAGGACGACGAAGCGAAAGAGGAAGGGAGAAAGCACGAAAAAAAACGGAGUAAAAGACGCAGUGAGCGAGCCCGAGCGCCCAUCUCAAAGUGUCAGGCACGACGCCCGGUACAAUACGUUAUCGCGUUUGUGAACGAAAAGGGCCUUAACAAUCUUGCUUAUCCAUGCGUAUACGUGCAUGAAUAAUAUAUAACAUAUAUGCAUUUAAAUAUACGCAGUAUAUAAACACGUGAGUGCGACUCGAGAAGCAAAGUGUCCACGUGUGUGUGCUCGUGUCUGUGCAACGUGCUCGUGAGUCAUUCGUGCGUGUGUGUGUGCGCGCGUGCGUGUGUGUGUGAGAAGGCACCUUUUCAUUUCUCGAUCUUCUCGUUUCUCCGAUCCCCCACUCUCUCCUCAUUUAGUCCUUCCUCCUACGCUCCAUUGUAUCCAUCUUUUAACGUGCUGUGAUAAAACCUGUGAUAUUGUGCACCUCCCAAAUUCUUGCCGAAGAAAAAUAACAGUCUUUUUCUUCCGAAAUUUUCAUUCGUCUCUCGCGAGGAUUUUAGCUCGACUACGCUAUCAAAUCAAGAGAAGCACCUGCUGUUCUUUUACAACGCUAAAAGAACGGAUCUAUAAGACUGCGAAUCUUCUAGAAGAAAAAACAAUCACAGCUGCGUGAUUGACGCGACGUCACAUGAGAUUUGUCCGCUCUAAUAUCGUCUAAAGCUCGACAAUCGACGGUUGUGCGUGUGACAUAGAGCAAUCCAGCUCCGUAUUAUACCUCUUGUAGCUGGUGAGACCGUGGGGCUCGCGAAUACGACAACAGGUGGUCGACGAAGGCUUCAAUACGAGCGGGACAUCAGAAAUUCCGGAUAACCGGUGGUGGCUGUUCAGAUAUCUUGACGAGAUGAGAUUGAUGCAAAGGUUAGCAGUCAGUGGACUGCUGUCAGUGAUGCUAAUCGUUUUGCUCACUGGCACAUUCAUGACGAGGCGAGAUCUCGCCAGUGUCGUCGACCGUGGUGUUGGACCCGAGGAACGUUCGGAACAGUCGAAUCCUGCUUGGGUGCAAGAGAACGCGCUGCCAUCUGAUGCGGAGUCUCCACGCAGCAACGAAGUUAAACGUCCGGUCGUCAACGUGAGAUCAAGACCGACCGAAUCGUCGGUAGAUGAACCGCCGCUCGAACCGGAACCGGGGCCACGUCCGAUACCCGUGUAUUCGGUGCGUUCGCCGAAUCCACCACUCGACGAUGUAACAAAUCAGCGUCGUGAAAAAGUGAAGGAGAUGAUGAAACACGGCUGGGACAAUUACGUCAGAUACGCCUGGGGCAAGAACGAGCUCAGUCCCAUUUUGAAGAAAGGUCAUAAUCCUAAUAUAUUUGGUGCGUCAAUGGGAGCGACGAUUAUCGACGCCAUGGACACACUCUACAUAAUGGGCCUCCAUGAAGAAUUCAAAGAGGGUCGAGACUGGAUCGCCAAGAAUCUUGACUUCAAUAUUAAAGGCGACAGUUCACUGUUCGAAACGACCAUCCGAUUCUUGGGGAGUCUCUUGGCCUGUUACGCCCUCACCGGCGACGUUAUUUUCCGUGACAAGGCCGCACAGCUCGGCGAACGAUUACUGCCUGCUUUUCAAACCGAUACGGGCAUUCCUUAUUCCUUGAUCAACCUCGCCACCGGCGAGACGAAAAAUUAUGGUUGGGCAAACAGUGGCUGCAGCAUACUCUCGGAAAUUGGCACCCUCCAUCUCGAGUUCACUUAUCUGAGUGACAUCACGGGUAAUCCGGUGUUCAGAAACAAAGUCGAGAACGUUAGAAAGGUCCUCAAUACGGUGGAGAAGCCGAAGGGACUGUACCCAAAUUACAUAAACCCACAGACCGGACAAUGGGGACAACACGACAUGUCACUCGGUGGUCUCGGUGACAGUUUCUACGAAUAUUUGCUAAAGGCCUGGAUCCAAUCAGGCAUGGAAGACGUCGAAGCGAGAAAAAUGUGGGACAAGGCUAUGGUCGCUGUCGAGAAGUACAUGAUAAUGAAGUCUCCCAGCGGGUUGUUAUACGUGUCCGACCUGAAGAACGACCGACCAGAAAACAAAAUGGGUCAUCUCGCCUGUUUCGCCGGUGGGAUGUUCGCACUUGGCGCCAAAACCAUGGAGAACGACUUGGCGAAAAAUUACAUGGACAUUGCUGAAGGGCUAACGAACACCUGCCACGAGUCGUACGACCGCACUCCGACGAAACUCGGCCCUGAGGUUUUCCACUUCAUGGAAGGCCACGAAGCGAAGAGUUUGAAAAUUGGCGAAAAGUACUACAUUCUACGACCCGAGACGUUUGAGUCGUACUUUGUGAUGUGGCGACUCACCAAGGACCCGAAGUACCGGGAAUGGGGCUGGCAGGCUGUCCAAGCUCUCGAAAAGUAUUGUCGGGUACCGGGAGGAUUCUCGGGGCUCAGAGACGUAUACAAUCCUAACUCAACGAAGGACGACGUGCAGCAAAGCUUCUUCUUCGCCGAGACGCUCAAGUAUUUGUACCUGUUGUUCAGCGACGACGACCUCAUAAGCCUCGACGAUUGGGUGUUCAACUCCGAGGCUCACGUGCUUCCGAUCAGGGGAAAUCCUCUAUACCGCGCAGCUCCAUCUCUAUAAGAAAAAAGCCAAAAAAUAAAACACCAAAAGUUGGCUCUUAUUAAGCUAGAACGGUCGAGUAUCUGGAUCGUGUCGAAGCGCUUCAAAGGGACUUCUAGUAAGAUAUUUGCGGAGCGUCGAGGAGGCGAGCGAAACACCCAAAUUCGUUGGCAUCACGAGAACGAAUAGUUUUGGUUCUGUCAGCGAAAGGGGAUCAUUCGGCAGAGAAGAAAAAGCCAACGAGAACCGAGUGAAUCAUCGUCGCCGUGAAUUGACGUUUCGAUUAAUUUAUUAAAACAAAAAGCUGAACAAUUUAAGAAGCUAGAAGAAAAAAAAACAACAGAAACAAAAAUCCUGGCAAUCGACCUAUUAAUACUGAUGACAUUCGCGAUUAAGUCGUUCUCAAAAAGGAAAACAAAAACGAAACAAAAUAGAAAAUUUACGACGAAAACGAGCCAGUGUGUAAUAUAUUGAUUUACUGUGCUUCGUUUUCUCGAAUUAAUAAGUAAAUAAAAAAUUAAACGAGAGUUAAAUACGAGUAGAAAAAAUGGUUAAUGAAGAAAGAAAAAACCAACAAGCACACUAAGAAAAAAUGGGAAAAAUUAAAGCCACCGCGUUCGCUGACCGGGACACGAGUUUAGCUGCGUCCCUUCCGCUGACAAUCCAUCUCCCGAGCCAAUUUUUAAAGCACAUGCUCGACACACCCUUCUGCUCUCUUUUCUCUUGCCGUUUGUGUUUCCAUUUUUCAUUCGCCUUUUUAGAAGAUCAUUAAUCAAUCACACAAUCUGUAACUACCCUACCUCCUGAUAGGUCAGCUCGGAAACUAACUCGUCGUGGUACGUCCACGUUAAAACCAUCGUACAUAUUACGAGAUAUGUGUACACAUGAACAUGGCCUAAUCUAUACUGUAGUACGUGGCAGAGCGUAGUGUUUUCAAUAACCGAAUGAAAAAUUUAGUGAAAUACUAAAAUUCAUAUUCGCACAUACAUUUUAUCGCGUACAUCAUUUUUAUAUUCAUUUUUUUCACUCUCUCAAAUUUGAUAUUCUAAAGUACGACGAAUUUCAUUGGUUUAUGAAUAGAGAAUCAAUAUUCCGUCACUUUUAUUAGCAUUUUUUACUUUCGAAUUCGUUCUUAUGCGUAUGAUUGUUCGAUUUUUGAAUUUUUCGUCUCGUCAGAAUGUACGGUGGGUUGAAAAAUCUUGUGAUUUUCGACGUCUGCGGAGUUUAGCGAUGGAACUCGAGUCGUCUUUCAUCAUUAAUUGUCGUGUACUCCAUUCUAUUUUUGUAAAUAAUUUUGACCAAUUUUUAAAAGUAUAGUUCAAAAUCUCAGUUCUGUCCAAAAAUUCGUUACGAUUUGUUGGUACUUUUGGCUUAUUCUGCGAGUCAUUGAACACUGGAAAUUCCACUUUUUUAGCCAUAAGCUGCGAUGGCCUGGAGAAAUGGUUUUCAAUCGUUUGCAUCAACGAUUGCGAAGUAUUGCACGUUUAUCGAGAAAAAUAAAUAAAAACUGAAGCUUUUUAAUGAACCUGUUUCUACAACACCUCGAAAAUGAAUCGAUCUUUUCUAAACAACCAAUAAAGAAAUUCUGCUUGAGGAAAAAAACCGAGAUGAGAAGAGUCUGAAAAAUCGAACACGUAAUUGGAAAAGAAUGAGCAAUUUUCGUCCUGAUUAUUGUUGAGUGAUCAAAUGUUUAUUAGGCCAUUAGAUAUGAUAUAAUCGACGAGUAUACUGAAACUCUGAUAGAAAAAUGUGUUGAAUAAUCCGUUGCAUUGUGCAGCAGGGUUUCGUCGCGACAUACCUCUCUCGAUUGUCAUCAAAAAAUCUAAUCGAAGCAUCCUUUCGAGUUCCAUAACCCUCAUCAAGCAAAAAAAAAGCAAAAUUACAAAGAAAAUAAAAAAGAAAAAACAUAGAAUAAACGAAACCGAACUUUUAUGGAUGGAAUUUGAGAUAAAGGCUUUUUGAAGCAAUACGAGACAACAAAAAUAUUCAUCCACCGUUGUUAUGCGAGAGUGUGCAUCACCCCAUGAUAAUGUGACCAUGAAUACUGUGAAAUAACAGAAAAAAACAUUGAUCAAUCACUUAUUUUACCGGCCUCUGUACUAACCGUUGAAAUAUUUCAUUAUUUUUAUUAUUAAAUCUUUUCCAAGCGAAAACGUUAUCACGUUCCAAACACAUUUGUAUUCUCAUACGGAACGUCGUGAGUUGAGAUGGACACUUUGCCUGCGAAAUCGAUGCGGAAAGCAAUGUCUCCUUAAAACCAAUUACAAUUGAGAUUGUCAAGACGGGUUACCAACUAUUUUAUAAUAUUGAACAGCAGUAUUUAGAAACUCGCGAGUGUCGAACUGAAAUUCACGACACAAAUGAAUGUAUAUUUUUCGCAAACGAUAAGAUAAAAUGAGCAAAAAAUUUCCUCGAUACGCGACGAGACGAAACGAAGUUCGUUGUCCUUCUCGUCCCGUUAAUUUUUGUUAUGAAUUACAGAGUGACACGUGCGAGGGGGAAUAUUGCAUGAUACUUUUAUAAAAUAAUUCAAUAAAUAAAAAAAAAAUAAAUAAAUAAAAAACUAGAAAGCAGAAAAUAAAGAGACGUUUAUAUCGAGUUCUUAACUUCAAACGAGUGUCCAUCUCCGACCCGUGUAUGCGGUAUGCAGUAGCGUGUGAACGUGUGUGUUUAGCAUUAAAAAUCUGAGAUUGUCUAACUAAAAGGAAAACCUAGAGAUACUGAAGAGUAGAUAAAAGAACGACGCGGUCGCGAUAAAGUGAGAGUGAAAAUGUGGUGAAGACUCAGUUCGCGAAUCAGUCUUCUUACAAACUUUCGAAUGCAUGAGCAUCAAGUCCCAACGAAAAGAGAAUAAAUUCUUAUACGAGCAACAACACCGAACUGGAGAUAACUGAACACGAGGGAGAAGAGAAUUGCGGUUAAAGAUACCCGCAAAGUGAUGAUGAUAUUGAGCGUAGCGUUGUACAUAAGAUUAAUGAAAGUCAUAUUCUAUAUAUCGAAGUACGUAAAACGUUUCGUAUUAAAAAUGGGAUUGUUGGUUUAAUUGUAUAUUUGUUGCAACGAAAUCCGCGAUAGACGUCUCUCGCAAGUGACAGAACUCAAAUAUCGCGAUCGCUCGAUCGCAAUAAAUGUUCCACUCGAAAAUACGACGAAUUUUUUCGAGGGCGGUCAGAGGAAUCAUGCCAACGCGUAUGUGCAUUUACGUCGCUUUGUAUACUCGAGGAAUAUCACUUGAAAGUCGCAUUCCACAGCUCUGAUUCAUUUUGUCUCAUUUUCUAGGCAUUUACCUACGAAAACGUGACAGUUUAUUCGGUGAUUCCGAUUUUUUCGGUUUCGGUAUUCCCUUCAUCAGAUUUAUGUCGAUUUUUUUAAACUGCUCUGAACCCUGAACUUUCACUGGGAUAUUGAACAACAUUUCGGAAAAGUGGUCUCGAGACCCGGUACUUUCGCUAGAAAAUCGAAUUCCAUGAAAACCAGUUUAAUUUUUCAUUGAAUAAUAAAAAUCAACGACCUCCGUCGAAACUUUCGCAUGGAAACUUCCACGUGAAAAGCUUCGAGUGUAAACAGCGUAAAAAGUAAAUCCAUAGCGGUACAAGACUCGCCCGAGAUCUGUCACGAAAAACUUCCAUUUAUUUACGCGACGUUAUCACGGUUAGGAUGUUACUUAAGAGCGCGAUAGAUUUUCUCCGACGAGGAUAUGUGUAUACAUAAAAAGUUUGAUUCCUCGAGGAGCAACGUAUCGGCCACGGAAGACCCCGAAACAUUUGUUGAGUGCUGUGGAACGAUGAAAGAAUCAAAAGAGGAGGAUCCAUGACUUCUUUGCAUAAUUCACUUACCUUUUUGUCCGAACAAUGAAAUAAGAAAAACCAGAACAAAGUUUGACAAAAGAAAUAAAUUUGGCAGUGCGACGAGGAAAAGCUCCUCCGAAACUUUUUUUUCUCGCGAACCGAUAAAGAACGCGAUGUGAAAAAAUGCCAAGUAAUCGUUCCUUCCCGUAGCCUCCCUUCGGUCAAUAAUCGUUUUCAUUAUCUUCCGUUCCUUCGAUCUCUGCCUUAAAAUCAACAAAAUAAAAAAAAAAAACCGCCAAUCCUCGUUCCACUGCCGAUCGUUUUCCAUCAGAGUGUGUCUGUACUGCUGACAACGUCGAAUCACUUGUACGAACGUACCCCCCCCCCCCCCCCCGUAAGCUCUAAGGAUUACCAAUAGCGAAUAUAAAUAAUAUAAAUACCAUUUGAAACGAAAAAAAAAAAUAAAAACAUGAAAAAUAAAAAUAAAAACAAAACAAACAAAAGUAUAUAUAUAAAUAUAUAAAUAUAUAAAUAAAUAAAUAUAUGUAGAAUAAAGGUGAUAUUCACCCUGGUAUAUAUGAAGAUCAGUGAGUGAAAAGCAUCGAUUCGAAUCGAUAAAAAAACACGUCAACGGGAUUAUCGAACGAUCAUCAUAAUAUAUUUGAUAACACUAAAUAUAAACAAACAAAACUUUUAUAAUUGAUUGAAGAUUCUAGAAACGAUCGUACGACUGGUUAAAAGUAUUCGAACCGAAUAUUGUUUACCAUCAUUGAAAAAAAACUUGAUUUCAUUGUUUUUUUAUUGUUUCCCUUUGUUUUUAUUUUGACAAGUUCGCUCGUUGCUAAGCAUACUCACGUGUAUACUCAAAUAUUUUUAUCGAUACGAAGAGCGUUGACGAAAUGUAAGACAAACGAUUCCUCAUCCCACUUAUAUAUAUAUACACACACAAAAACAUGUAAACGCGAAAAUCGACGACCAGAAUAUCGUUUUUUCUAAUAAAAAUCUUGUAAACAAUCGUCUGUUGAAGAGGUAAGGUAAAUAAUAAAAGUAAAAUAAUUAUAGUCAUACGCUUCUUAUACGAUACAAACGAAUCCCAAGGUUAAAUGAUGUAUGAGAAAAAAGAAAAAAACAGUGAAAAACUCGAGAAGACACGAGCGACGAGAAAUCGAGCGAGAGAACGAGUGAGCUAAGGGAAAGUGUGCGAUUGUCAAAUGACAAAUAGAACGAAAAAGAGAGAAAAAACAAAAUAUGACACGUCUACGAUUAGUGGUAAUUCAUAGACUAUAAUUACUUUUGUGAAUAGAUAUUUAAUAAUUUAUUCGUAAUUAGAGCGUUAUUAUUUAGACAAAUGUUUUCAAUUAAACGGGAUUUUGGGUACGAUA